AUGGCUGCUAGCGUUAAACAAGUUCUCAAGCGCUACGGGCGCACUGCGUUCCUCUUCCACUCGACCGUCUUCGUCUCGACACUCGCUGGCACGUAUGCGGCCAUAAACCAGGGCGUCGACCUGCAGUCGUUGGCUAAGCGCGUGCCUUUUGUGGAUCUUUCCAAGUUGGACCCAAACGCCAGCACACUGGCCCUUGCUUAUGUGUCCACCGUGGCUACAGGACCAGCCAGAGGUGCGCUCACCAUUGCUGUGUCUCCCAUUCUCGCUCGUUUACUUGCCCGGGGCGGCCGUUAUCUCACUAAAAUGUAG